CAUGACGUAUAUCUAAAAAGUCCCUAAAAAAAAAUCUAGAUUCCGGAAGUGCGUAAGAAUUAAUGGACAUUGAAUUGGUAAUCGAAUGUGGUCUGAACGUUGGCGCGAUACCGUUUCUUGUGAGUGACAUGGCCAACGAUCUGAAGUUGGCGUCAGCAGCUGACUUCUGCAUGCUUCUGCGCUGAGAGACGUGAGAGUACGUUUCCAUGUGGGUUGAUGACGUUAUUUCGAAAUGAGACGCAACGUGUAAUGUAUGUAACAUAUAAUCACAUUGCGUGUUUUGAUGCGACAGUUGGUGAUAGGCAGCCGCAGGUUGAGUGUACUGUCGCGCGCGAUCCUUGCUCGAGGGCGGAGAAUAGUUGAUAAGCCAAGACACUUGGAAGACCAACGGAGACCAGCCAGGAAUUUUUUUUGUCAGAAGAAUUUAUUGAGAAACGAAUAAACGUUAUCCAUUCACGAUGAAGAAAAAGGUACUGUUAAUGGGUAAGAGUGGGUCCGGAAAAACGAGUAUGCGCAGCAUUAUUUUUGCCAACUACAUUGCUCGUGAUACUCAUCGUCUAGGAGCAACGAUUGACGUAGAACAUUCCCACGUUCGUUUUCUCGGCAAUUUGGUUCUGAAUUUGUGGGAUUGCGGAGGGCAGGAGGCAUUCAUGGAGAAUUAUUUUGCAUCGCAGCGUGAUAACAUAUUUAGAAAUGUAGAGGUGUUGAUUUAUGUCUUUGAUGUGGAAUCGAGAGAGCUGGAUAAAGAUAUGCAUUAUUACCAGAGCUGUUUAGAAGCAAUACUGCAGAAUAGCCCAGAGGCAAAGAUAUUUUGCCUAGUUCAUAAAAUGGAUCUUGUGCAAGAGGACCAACGCGAUUAUAUAUUCAGGGAAAGAGAGGAAGAUUUGAAAAGACUGAGUUUACCUUUAGAGUGCACUUGCUUCAGAACUAGCAUAUGGGAUGAAACCUUAUACAGAGCAUGGUCAUCCAUUGUAUAUAUGCUGAUUCCCAAUGUGAAGGAACUUGAACAAAGCUUGAACCAGUUUGCUAAUAUUAUCGACGCGGAUGAAGUGCUUUUGUUUGAAAGAGCGACCUUUCUAGUAAUAAGUCAUUGUCAACGGCAGUUUCACAGAGACGUUCAUCGUUUCGAAAAAGUUUCCAACAUAAUAAAGCAAUUCAAAUUGAGUUGUAGUAAGUUAGCGGCACAAUUUCAAAGUAUGGAAGUUAGAAAUACCAAUUUCGCGGCCUUUAUCGACAUAUUUACCUCGAAUACAUACGUGAUGGUCAUCAUGUCCGAUCCAACUAUACCAUCUGCGGCGACGUUAAUCAACAUACGCAACGCACGAAAGCACUUUGAAAAGUUGGAACGUGCCAGCCAGAGUUCGGCGUUGACUAGAUAGAAGUCGGCGCGACCCAGGCGCCUUGUCACCCGGGUCCAUCCUAUUAAUAAUUGCUGAAUUUCUGGAAUCGCGUAUCGUUAAGAUAAAGCGCGAUUACGGGGAUACGAUUGUUGACGAGAUCGAGUUACAAAGUAUACUUUAAUGUAUGGCUUCUUCAAUGUGAGCGUUUAUGACAAAAUAAGUAUAUAAUCGACGUAUCCGAAAGAGGCUGACGAUUAUCACUGUAUUUCAGGCCAUAUAUUAGGACUUUAUUGAUAUGAAUUCAUCCCACAUGUUACAUACGGAUAUAAUAUAUCUGUCAUAAUACAUCUGCCAGUUAUCGAUGUAGAAUAGUUUCCAUAUUCGCAAUUCUCUUGCUUCACAUUCGGAAUUAUUUUUUGUUCUUUAAUUCAAUAAUCAUUUGUGAUUCGAAACAUGUCGCAAUAACAUCCAACGAAUAUUAGUUAUAAUUAAUUAUCACCAUAUGUUUGUUCUACAUCUGCAUGGUAUUACGAUAUAACAAUGCAAGACUGAGUAUCCAUUUAAGAGCUUCUAUUCUCAUAGCUGAAUCACGACAAUAGAAAAGUUCUGAUGAAAAUAAUCGAUAUAUAAUCGCGAUAUGUUUUAAUUAUGUGUUCACUGAUAGAUUUCUUUACUGAAGAUUGUCCUCAAAUAUAAAAGGAACUUUUAAGUGGAUGUGCAAUCUGUGCUGCAUCGGAGUAUCAUAUUGUGAUUGUAAAGAUAAAUAGUUAACGUCAAUUUGGUAGGAAAGGAAUUUACGAUGUGUUUAUAUGUUUACAAUCCUCAAAGAUAUAACAAUUUAAAACUACGAUGUAUUUUUUAAAUGUGCAAAUAAAUUAUAACC